AUGUUAAUCCCUACUCAGAGUUUAAAAUACUCCACAUGAAGGAAUCUUCUACUCUCUGAAAAAACAUGUCGUCUUUACCGUCGGCUUUUCGCGCGCCCCGAGAUGCACUUUUCCUUUUCUUUAAUCACUAAAGCAUUCCCACUCCAAAGCCCUCUAAGAAAGAAAGCAUCUCUCUCCCAAGCUGCAGCUUAAUUUCAAGUAUAGAUGGAGCACACAGCUCUUUUGCACCGUUACCGUCGUGAUCGCCGGAAACUCUUGGAGUUUCUUUUAUCUUCUGGUUUGAUCAAGGAGCUCCGAACUCCAUCCGGUCCCACCAAUUCUCUCUCUAAUAUUGAUUUCGAUACUCUCAGCGCCGAUUAUAUCCUCCUCUGCCUGAAAUCAGGUGGAGUUAUCGAUGUUACUGAAGCGACUAAGAAGUACUCAGACGAAUCUGCAUAUCCUGUCACGAGUCAUUCACAUACAAGGAACUCCUAUUUUCUUGUUUCUGAUCCAGAUUUUUCUGGAUCUCCUCCUAGGCGUGUGCCUCCUCCAAUUUCUGUUCGCCAAACCACUAAUGCUGCCCAAUCAUCUAGUCAAAUGGAAAGUUCAGAUGUUGAGAAUGCCGCAGCAUUUGGGGAUGAUCAUAGUCCUAGAUAUAAAAAUGCACCUAUUAGGCCUUCACAAAAUCCAGAAAUUCCUGCACUUGGUUUACCUAGUCUGAGCACAGGAUUGUCUGAGGAUGACUUGCGGGAAUCAGCCUAUGAGUUACUGCUUGCUUCUAUAUUUUUGUCUGGGGUUCAAGGUAAUUCAGUUGACGAUAGAAAGAAAGAAAAGAGUUCCAAAUUUUUAUCUAGCUUGAAAAGUAAAAGGGACAAGCUUUCACAAUCACAGUCUUUAGGAAGACACUCAGAGCUCAUGGACACUGUCCGUGUUCAGAUGCAGAUUUCAGAAGCCAUGGAUGCUUGCAUUAGGCGAAAUUUGAUGCAGGUGGCAGCAAGGAGAAUUUAUGGACAAAUUGACCUUCCCCACAUCUCACUGGUCCUUUUGAAUGGUAUUUUCAAGUCUGAUUUUCGUAGUGAAAAGUCUUAUAUCCAAUGGAAGAACAGGCAGGCCAAUAUAUUAGAAGAAUUUAUUUGUUUUCCUGCUAAUGUCAAGAAAACUGAACAUCUAACUAUUAGAAGCCAUGCUGCAAAGAUCAGACAUGAGAAGGAAUGGGACACUGUAAUGUCGCCUUCUGAGCGUGUUGCAGUUCUAGCAUCUAUUAGACAAGUUGCUGUAAAUUUGUCAUCUCUGCCUGGGCGAUUUGGCAUUCAAGGUGAAACCUUUUAUUGGACUGCCGGCUAUCACUUGAAUAUAAGACUUUAUCAAAAACUACUUUUUGCUGUCUUUGAUGUUCUUGAUGAAGGCCAAUUUAUAGAGGAAGCCGAUGAAGUCUUAUCACUUAUAAAAUUAACCUGGUCUACUUUAGGCAUCACCCAGAAAAUGCAUAAUGCAUUAUAUGCAUGGGUCCUUUUUCGACAGUUUGUGGAGACAAAUGAGGGUAUGCUUUUAGAAAAUGCAGUUACUGAGUUGCAGAAAGUUCUAACUGCUGAAGAAGCUGAUGGGAAGGAGGAGCAGUAUAUGAACUGUGUAAUAUGUUCAAGGCAAUAUGAUGGGCAUGAACUAAAGUUAAAUUUGGUGCAGGCUAUUUGUGUCUCAAUAAGCAUUUGGUGUGACAGUACACUGCUAGAUUAUCAUCUGCAUUUCAGUCAGCAGAAACCUUCUUGCUUCAGAACAAUGAUGGCCCUGGUGACGGCAGUUGGAAUACUUACUUCUGAUGAUUGUGGUGAAGUUAAGGUUAGAUCUAGCUGCAGUUUAACAAAAUUCAGUGCUUCAAAUGAUAAUGUUUCUAGCAAGCUUAAAUAUUAUGUCACGAGGUCUACUAAUGCUGCAUAUGGGCGGGUUGCAAAUAAAGUUGAUCUUGAAUCUAAAGUACAAAGGAUGCAUCCAUUGGCUAUGCUCGCUGAGGAAGUAAAGUUGAUUGCUGAAAGAGAGUUCAAUGUCUUUUGGCCAGUGUUACAUCAAUGGUGUCCUGAGUCCUUGAUGAUGUCAGUUGUCAUUUUGCACCAAUCUUAUGGGGAAAGACUGAGACCUUUCCUUAAGCAAUUGUCAUCUCUUUCUGAAGAUGUUAGGUCAGUUCUUCCUUCUGCUGAAAUGUUGGAUCAUUAUUUGACUGAGCUACAUGGUACUGCUCUGGAAGCAAAUAGGUUGCUUCUUUCUUCCUGUCAAGUUUUAGAUCAUUAUCAGAUUGGAGAAGUUUCCACACCUCUCAUUCUUGAUUGGGUAAUAUCUCAGCACACUCAUAUUUUGGAAUGGACUGGGCGCGCUUUUGAUAUUGAGGAUUGGGAGCCUUUAUCAUUUCAUCAACGACAGGCAGCAUCUAUAGUUGAAGUUUUUAGAAUUGUAGAAGAGACUGUGGAUCAAUUCUUUGGCUUCAAUCUCCCGAUGGAUAUUACCCAUCUACAAGCUCUAUUAUCUGUAAUUUUUCAUAGUCUGGACACAUAUUUGUUGAAAAUGCUCAACCGGUUAGUUGACAAGAAUCAUCUCUAUCCAUCUGCUCCUCCUUUAACUCGUUACACGGAGACUGUUAUUUCAGUAAUUAAGAAAAGGCUGCUCGAGUGUGCACCAAUGGAUGACGAUGUGAUCUGCAAGUUGAAUGAGCUGACAAUACCAAAACUCUGCAUUAGGUUGAAUACUCUUCAAUAUAUUCAGAAACAGAUUGGCAUUUUGGAAGAUGGGAUUAGAAAAUCUUGGGCCCUGGUCAGGCCAUCUCAUAACCCAAGAUGGACAAGAGAUGAGCCCCUAGAGGAGUCUAGUUUGCUAACUUGCAGCGAAGCUAUUGACGCACUAUUUGCAACCACAUUUAGCAUCAUCAAGGAUACUGCAGGAGAUGCUAUCAACAAAAUUUGUGCCUUCACUGGAGCAAGAGUUGUAUUCUGGGACCUGAGAAACACAUUCCUGUUUCAUUUAUAUCGUGGAGAUGUUGCAAGUUCUCGUUUGGAAAGCUUUCUUCCUCAUGUUGAUACUGUCCUUGAUCUCAUUUGUGGAUUAAUUGAUGAUAGUCUCAGAGACCUUCUGGUGUUAAGCAUCUUUCGAGCAUUGUUGGAAGGCUAUGUUUGGGUAUUGUUGGAUGGAGGUCCUUCUCGUGCCUUUUCUGAUUCAGAUGUUUCUGCUAUAGAAGAUGACUUCAAUAUGUUGAAGGAUUUCUUUAUAGCUGGUGGAGAAGGCCUUCCUCGUUCAUUAGUUGAGCAAGAAGCAAAAUUCAGUCAACAGAUACUUGGUUUAUUUUCCCUGCAGACUGAAACAGUUAUUAAAUUGUUGAUGAAUGCAAGUGAGCAUAUCUCAGUGGGAUUGGAUUUUAAUAAGCGUCCUCAUAUGCAUUUGGAAGAUGCCCACACUUUAAUACGAGUCUUGUGCCACAAGAAAGACAGGGAGGCUUCCAAGUUCCUAAAACUGCAGUAUCAGCUUCCCAUGUCUUCAGAGUACGAUGACACUCCAGCUCGGGAUUCAACUACGAGAUCACCUCUUAUAUCAGAUCUCCUUAAGCGAAGUUAUUCAACUAAUUGGACCAAAAAGGGUCACAGCAGUUUCAAAUCAAUAAAGAAAAAACUUCAAGGAGCAACAUCUGAGAUCAGGAAUGUAGCUCGGUAAUAAUCUUGCAACAUGGGCAAUGCAUCUUGAAUUCUUAUAUAAAGAACAUGUUGGAAUUUGUCCUUGCAGCAGAAACAGCGAUCAAAAAGCAUUCUCCGUAAGCCAAUUUUCCUCCUGUAAAUGCAAAUUCAUGAUUCAGCCAGUCCCUUGGUAUGUCUUCAUGUAUUUAUAGACGAGAUAGACAAAAUUAGUGAGAAGGCUAGCCGGCAGUUCUAGCAACGAGAAUUAGUUUUUGCAGCGACUCCCUCGCAUUCUUUAUACAAAAUGUGUACAGAAUUUUAAGCUGUUGGAUUAUGUGUGCACAAAAUCUUCAAAAAUAUGUGCACAUGAGAAUGGAUGGAAUGAAUUGGUUUCCUUUUUUA